CCAGUCCCGCACGAGGCGAGCACACGGCGGCGGUUCACAGCACGGGGACGCAUCCCGCAUCGUUUCACCGCAAUAUGGCGACAGAGUUCCACAACCUUCAGGAGCUGCGGCACAGUGCAUCGCUGGUUACAAAGGUGUUCAUACAGAGAGACUACAGCGAAGGGACUGUGUGCCGUUUCCAGACCAAGUUCCCCUCCGAGCUGGAAAACAGGAUUGAGAGAACGCUGCUGGAUGAGACGGUGAAGACCCUCAACUCUUAUUACGUGGAGGCUGAAAAAAUCGGUGGUCAAUCGUACCUGGAGGGAUGUCUGGCGUGUGCGACGGCUUACAUCAUUUUCCUCUGCAUGGAGACCCGCUAUGAGAAGGUGCUGAAGAAGAUAUCAGGAUACAUCCAGGAGCAGAAUGAGAAGAUCUACGCUCCGAGAGGCCUGCUGCUCACAGACCCCAUAGAGAGGGGAAUGAGGGUCCUAGAGAUCAGCGUUUUUGAGGACCGGGGUUCGGGCGGCUCCAGCCCCAGCACCAGCAUGUCGUCGGGCAGCACGGCCCGAUGACUGGAGGGGCAGCACCAGGCUUACGGAUACCACCACAGGGGCAGCGGUACACUCACCAACAUCCGCAUGCUGAAACAUGAGAGCACCAGAUUCUAGGGCGGGCGGAGAGAGAGAGAGAGGCGAGGAGGUGACCCACAGCACUCUCCCUGCUGGGACUGCCUGCAGACGAGGAGCAGGGUUAAACCAACACACUGGAUCUGGAACAGAAUAAACACAACAACAGAUUGUUAGACACAGAUAUUAGACACAUGCCAAUGUUCAGAGUGUCUGUGAGGAAAUAUCCUUCACUAAUUUAAAGUCAUCUAAACCACAAGAAGCCUCGUUCUUUUUAUUCCUUUCACUUUUCAUUUAAUUCCAUCUUGUGUU